UCAAAGCGCAAUGGUGAUACGAAAAUAGCACUGCCGAAAUCUCAAAUCAGAGGUUGUUUGAGUUUCUCGUAACGUUGAUUUCAUUUAUAAAUUAACAAAGUCACUUUUGACCGUCGCCCAUGAUAGAUAAUGGCUACAACAGCGUAUGAACAUGAUGCUGAAGGUGGGAAAUUUAUACCUGCAACUCAAAGACCUGAUGGAUCUUGGAGAAAACCAAGACGCAUAAAAGAUGGUUAUGUACCACAAGAAGAAGUACCGUUGUAUGAGAGCAAAGGCAAACAGUUCAAAGCCAAGCAGAACACUGGUCUACCUGUAGGGCUAACUAGUGAAAUAGCUGAGGAAAUUAAGAAAUCUAAAAAAGGUACCUUCCAGCCUAUACCUGGAAUGAUAAUCAAUGUUGAGAAGAAAAAAAAGAAAAAGAAGACAGCUGUAGAAGAAGCAGCUGAUAAACUUGGGAAAUGUGAAAUCAUAGAGCCAACCUUCACUACUCCACCUCCAGCCCCCAGCGCUACGCCUACACCAACUGAUCCCGCCAAAAGAUUAAAAAAUUUGAAAAAGAAAUUAAGAGAAAUUGAGAUUCUUGAAGAAAAAAUUAAAUCAGGGACAGUAAAAAAUCCAGACAAGGAACAAAAAGACAAGAUCUCAAAGAAAAAUGACAUAAUCAAAGAAAUAGACACAUUAGAAACAAGUAGUAAUUGACCUAAGCCAAAAUAACUUUAUUUGUAAGAUAAUAUUUUAUCAGAUAAAUUUUUUGAAGAAUAGCAAUAAUGAGUUUGCCUUGUGUGGAUUUCCACAAAUAUUUGUGCAUUGAAGAAUUUACAUUUUAUUUACUUCUA